CGUACCCAUAGUAAGAUGACAGCAUGCUAUCCAGAAAUUCCGAGUUCAAAAAAAAAAACUAUCCUUUUCAUAUUUUACUUAUUUCUACGAGAGCAGUGUUCAUUACGAUUACGUGAAAGGUGUGAAUAGGAUAUUGUAGUGGAAGAAUCAUUCUAUGCUAUGCUAUGGUAUGCUAUAAAUACAAGUGAGAGUACAUUACAACCUCGUCACUUCAAUUUUCCGACCCUACAUUUUUGAAAGAGAGAAACCAAGAGAAUAUGGCUGUCCCAGGUUCUUCUUGUUCUGGGCAGCCACAGUUCAUUUCCAGCACCGGAAACCAAAGCCUUUCCAAUGCUCCCCUUAUUGACACAACAGAUACUGAUCAAAUUAUUGUUCCUGAUAGAACAAGCUGGAAAAAUUUAUUUGCAUACAUGGGACCUGGGUUUCUUGUUUCCAUUGCUUAUAUAGACCCAGGAAAUUUUGAGACGGAUCUACAAUCUGGGGCACAAUUUAAGUAUGAGUUACUUUGGAUCAUAUUGGUGGCAUCAUGUGCUGCUCUUGUAAUUCAAUCGAUGGCUGCGAAUCUUGGGGUGGUCACUGGAAAGCACUUAGCAGAGCAUUGUAGAGCUGAAUAUUCCCGUGUGUCUAACUUUAUUCUUUGGGUUAUAGCUGAAAUUGCCAUAGUGGCCUGUGACAUCCCCGAAGUGAUUGGGACAGCCUUUGCAUUAAAUAUGCUCUUCAAUAUACCUGUUUGGAUUGGUGUCCUACUGACCGGACUCAGCACAUUGAUGCUCUUAGCAUUACAGCAAUAUGGGGUUAGGAAACUUGAAUUCUUGAUUGCAUUUCUUGUGUUUACAAUUGCUGCCUGUUUUUGGGCUGAGCUUGGAUAUGCAAAGCCUGAUGCUAAAGAAGUUGUGAAGGGUCUUUUUGUGCCACAACUAAAAGGGAACGGAGCUACUGGUCUUGCAAUUUCACUUCUCGGUGCUAUGGUUAUGCCCCACAAUCUCUUCCUGCACUCGGCAUUGGUACUUUCUAGGAAAAUACCUCGAUCAGUUCGUGGAAUCAAAGAGGCUUGCAGAUUUUACAUGAUAGAAAGUGCCUUUGCUCUUAUGGUGGCCUUCCUCAUAAAUGUUUCUGUCAUUUCUGUAAGUGGUGCCGUUUGCAAUUCUUCAAAUUUGAAUGAAGAAGAUCAGAUGAACUGUCGGGAUUUGGAUCUAAACAAAGCUUCCUUCCUACUUAGAAAUGUCUUAGGGAAAUGGAGUUCAAAACUGUUCGGAGUUGCUUUGCUUGCUUCAGGUCAAAGUUCUACAAUAACAGGAACUUAUGCAGGGCAGUAUGUCAUGCAGGGAUUUCUUGAUUUACGAUUAACACCAUGGAUCCGGAAUAUGUUAACCCGUUGCUUAGCCAUAGUUCCUAGUUUGAUUGUUGCAGUCAUUGGCGGCUCUGCUGGGGCUGGGAAGCUCAUCAUAAUUGCAUCUAUGAUUUUAUCAUUUGAGCUUCCCUUUGCUUUGGUUCCACUCCUCAAGUUCACAAGUAGCAAAACCAAGAUGGGGGCACAUGUUAACUCUACCAUGAUUUCGGCCAUUACUUGGAUAAUCGGUUCCCUUAUUAUGAUUAUUAAUAUAUACUACUUAAUAACUGGUUUCAUCAAGCUGCUUCUUCAUAGUGAGAUAGAAAUCGUGGCCAAGGUGUUUCUUGGGAUGUUAGGAUUUUCAGGCAUGGCAGUAUAUUUGGCUGGUAUAGCUUAUCUCGUACUUCGCAAAAAUAAAGAGGGUACACACCUUUUGGCUCUAACAGCACCUGAAAAUCAGCAAAUGACAAAUGAACAAGUAAAUGGAUCAAGUCUUCCAAGAGAAGACAUAGUAAACAUGCAAUUGCCUCAGAGAAGUAGUCCUGAAGACCUUGACUAAGAAUGUCAAUAUGGUAGAUUAGCAAGAUAGAUAAAAUAACUAUCAUUUUGUUAAUCUAUAGAGUUGAAAAUAGAUUAGUAUGAAACUCUCUUCUGAUAUCAUUUGGCUGGAAUUGAUUAGAAUUCAUAAUAUACAUGCAACUUCAGUAGUCAAAA